UUUUUUUUUUUUUUUUAAGGAGAACUUCAUUAACACAAACUGUACCUGAAGACCCGGCCAGCAAAAAAAACAAACAACACAACUUACAUAUUAACAAAUUUACACCAAUCCUCCUAACCAAAAGAACCCUUCUAGCCCUAAGAAACUAGACGAUUUAACUUCGCUAAAGACCUCUUCAACUCCGUUACUCUUACCAUUAAAUCUGAGAUCGUUUCUGACCUUCCACAAAAAGCAAUAAUAAUACCCUUCAGCGCCGACACCUUAAACCAAGCCCUAAGGUUUAGACCAUCUAUCUAUCUAUCUAUCUGUAUAUAAAUGGAACAAAUUUUCCACGCUCGUGAACUAACUAACUAACUAACUGCAUUUGUUUGUUUGUUUGUUUGGGCCGGUGGUUAUUUAUUUGUUUGGUUCCAGUAAACUAAACUAAAGGUUGGUUGGUGUUUGGACUAAAUUGACUUUUCCUUACUUGGGACUAAAGACGUGCAAACAAAAAGUUUCUUUCAGGGACUAUCGUGCAAAAUAACCAAUCAAUUAUUUAUUAUUCCAUUUGCAUUGCAUUUCGUAACAAACAAACACGCCCAGAAGAAAGCAAACCCUAACCCUAAAAUCUCAUCAUCAUCCAAUCCAAUCCAAUGGGACAAGCGGAGAAACUGAUGAACCAGAUCAUGGAGUUGAAGUUCACGGCAAAGAGCCUGCAACGGCAAGCCAGAAAAUGCGAAAAAGACGAGAAAUCGGAGAAACUCAAAGUCAAAAAAGCGAUCGAGAAAGGUAACAUGGACGGAGCCCGAAUCUACGCCGAAAACGCCAUCCGGAAACGUAACGAGCAGAUGAAUUACCUCCGGCUAGCCUCUCGGCUUGAUGCGGUUGUAGCGCGGCUUGAUACGCAGGCGAAAAUGAACACCAUUAGUAAGUCGAUGGGAUCCAUUGUGAAAUCGCUUGAAUCCACGCUAGCUACAGGUAAUUUGCAGAAGAUGUCGGAGACAAUGGACCAGUUUGAGCGACAGUUUGUGAACAUGGAGGUGCAGGCUGAGUUUAUGGAGAGUUCAAUGGCAGGAAGCACUUCGUUAUCGACUCCGGAAGGUGAGGUUAACAGUUUGAUGCAGCAAGUAGCGGAUGAUUACGGUCUGGAGGUUUCUGUCGGUUUGCCGCAACCUGCUGCACAUGCUGUGCCGACUAAGAAUGCCGAAAAGGUUGAUGAGGAUGAUCUGUCUAGGCGCCUUGCGGAACUUAAAGCGCGCGGGUAAACGAAGCUGUUUGUAUGAGGCCUGAUUACUGUUUAUGUCUGUUUUAUAAAUAUAUCUGCAUACUAGCUGAUGAUGGCACUAUAAUGCAUUUUAAUUACCACUGGUUGUCUGCUAUGUUGAAGAUAAAAAUGUGUUCAUAACUGUAUCCAUAUAUAUUAUAUUACUGUUUGUGUGUUU